CACAUCCCUUGCACCUCAGCGCGCCUUUGAGCUUCAGUUGAAAAUAUGGCGACAGUAGUUUCGGAAGCUGCAGACGCGGACCAGGAGGAGUUCUGCUACAUUUGCUUUGAAGGCCGUUCAUGCGGAGAGCCGCUAGAGAAGGUCUGCAAAUGUCCGACACGGGUUCAUCGCAAAUGCGUGGCGAGAUGGCAGCUCUAUUCUGCAGGCCGCAAGGAGGAGAAGACGUGCCGCUUCUGCCAAGACACGCUACCCGAUUGGAAGCAAGUGCUCACGCCGGCGGCGCUGCCCCCUGCGAUACCCGUGCUAUCCAUCUACUAUAACAACACCUGCUGCCGCAUGAAGGUGCGGCCCGGCCCAGACGGCCUGCAGGCCUUCCUGCGGCAGCUAGAGGUCAUCGUGGGCCGUGACGUGGCGCAGGUCAACUUCGUGUUCCGCUGCCGCUGCCCCGACACGGGGGCCGAGAUCUUCCUGCAGGGCCUGCAAGCCUUUGAAGCGGCGAUGCACUGCGCCUGCGUGCGCGCCGCGCAGCGAAGCGUGCAGCAGCAGCAACAGCAGAUGCAAAUGCAGCUUGUGCAGCAGCAGGCGCAGCUGCUGCAGCAGCAACAGCAGCACGGCGCGAGGCUCGCACCGGCACCGCUGGAGCCCCAGCAUGGAGGCGCCCUGCCGCAAGACACGCAAGCCCAUCAGCCCCAUAACCAGCCCCACCUGCCCUGCCAACAGCACCGUCACCACCAGCAGCACCACGGCCCAGGCCACCAGCCUCUGCGCCGCGCCGCCUCCGCGCCGCACGUGCUAGUCCACGGCGCUCGCAGCCGCCACCAGCACCACCACCAUCACCAGCACCCGCCGCUGACAAGGCUGGUCCCCGCAGCAGGCGCUGCGGAAGCAACGGCGGAGCCCGUAGCCGCACAGAGCCGCGGCGCUGGCGAGGGCGUUGCCGCCGGUGUGGCUGCCGCGCCGCAUCCGCUGCCGCAGGAGGCGCGCCGGAUGGCAGGAGCGACGUCCGUCGUGAGCGGGGGAGCCGCAAUGACGGUGGCGGUGGCGCCCGUGCCCUCAUCGCACCAGCUGGCAUCAGCUGCGACUGCCGCCAGCCACUCUGGCAGCAGCAGUAGCAGCACAGCAAGCGGCAGUGGUAGCAGCAGCAGUGGCAGCACCGGCGCGGUGGCUUGUCGCGGCGUCAUGGGCUGGCCGGUGCCGCCGUCGGGCACCAAUGCCCUCAGCUCGGCAGCAGCAAAUGCGACGGCGGCGGCGGCGGCGGUGGCUUGCUCGGCAGCGGACGAUACUCAGCCGGCGACGACGUCGGUGCUGUGCAGCACUGGCCUGAUCGACGACGGCACUCUGGCCAUGCCGGCUGAUGGAAAUAGCGUCGCCAUGGGCGAUAGCGCCUGCUUCGCAGGGCCGCCCUUGGCCGAGGACAGCGCCGGCGACAGCUGCAAGGCCGCAGCUGCCGCGCUACGACCGCCGCCGCCGGCCCUUGCGUCGGCGCCGCCUCCGGUGCAGGCGAGACAGAGUCAGUCCGCCCCCGUGCCCCAGUCUAGCCGACGCCUGGGCUCAGUGCUGGGUCAUCUGAAUGCAGCCAUGCAGGCGGCACAGCCAGCGUCAGCUGCCAAUGCAGUGCCGGCAGUGGCAGUCAGUGCAGCCGUCAACAUACGCCUACCGUCGCUUCGGCAGCUUAGCACACGCGCCAGCACCUCUGGUGUUGCCAGCAGCGCGGCUGCCGCAGCGCCCACGCCGGCGGCGGCUGGCUCCACGUCAGAAAGCGGCGGCGGCAGCUCUAAGCUUUUCGGCUCAUUUCUGAAUUUGAACAGGCUCCGGGCGUUGUUUGGCAAGAAGGCUUCGGCCAGUGCGCCUCGCACUCGCACCUAAGCUGCCGAGCAGGCGACAUACUUGAGCUGACAGCGGCGUGCUAUCGAGCAGUAACGUCAAGUAAAGUGGUGAAGAGUUGACGCCCACUGGGCGAGAGUGGCAAAUACCCGUACGUCUCCAACCGUACGCGUACGAAGGUGCAAUGUACGUGGCAUGAUAAUCCAUUUAUAGGCCUGUCUAGAAUUGCAGUGACGUGCGAAUGAGUCGCGCGGGCACGAUUUGUAACGCAGCAAGGUAAGCCCUGCACUUUGUAGUGCUUUCUUUACGAUGUGCACACCCGCUGGCACCGCGACAAAGGGGCGUGUGUGCGCAUACAUGCUGGCCGUGUCGUGGUGAUGGGCCGUAUGUUGUUUGGCUGCGCACCACCUAGGUGGAAGUACGUCCCAUGCUGAUGGUUGAACUUGUGAGGUUGCGUGGCGUUUCUCUUGGCCAUGCAGCUUGAGCGGGCCGAUGCGGAGGCCAUGCGAGGCUAUUCACUGCAUUCAUGUGAGAGACACGGCACGCGGAGUCGUGUGGAUGCUGGGUGCGGUUCCUUGGCUAUACGAAAGAUAGUAGGGGCCUUUCGGUAGCGUCAUGUUGAGAGUGCCGUCGUAUCGCCUAGGCUUGUGUGAUCUAAGAGCGACGGCAAUGGAGGGCUGUGUGGCAGUAGUGGCAGGGGCUGGCGCGGUCUGUACGUCGGAGAACGCUUUGAUGCAGCUUGAGUUGUAGCUUGCUGCCUUUGGUCGUACUGCUGGAUCGAAAGAUAUGCGUGCGUGCACAUCCAAGCAGUACAGCCAACAAGAAACCGUUUGUGCAUGCUGGCAGUCGCACGAAGUGUGCACGCUCGCAGAUUGUCGGCAGCAGUGGAUUGCGGUGAGAGACUAUGUCUGCUUUAUGUACAUGCAAUGCUCGGUACGGCCGUUGAUGGUCUUUGAUGUGAGUUGGCGACGGGUGCUUGGUUGGCAUCGCUUGUAGCAGCAUAAGGAGGAAAGGGACACGCUUCUUGGACGGGGUAAAGGCCAAUUCUGCCGUCUGUGCUGUAUGUAGCAGCGAAGCGUAGGUAUGUCUAUCGUGUUAGGGCACGGUAUGCCUUCACGAGCUGACGUGUCUCUGCGGGAGAAACCGUUUGCUGGUCAGCAGCAAAGUGGUAUUUGCCCCCUGUACGCGACUGAUGCGUGUGUGGGCUACGUGUUGUUUUGUAGUAUGUUUACAAGUGCAUUUGGGUUUUACGGGGAUGCAUUGCGCAGUUGCGUGCAGCUGCAGAGGAAGGUCGUUGGGACGGGAAAGGGUUGGCAAUUGUGCACGACAUCGCCAACGACGUCGUGCUGUUGCCUUCUCCAAUCACGCAAUUUUAGUUCAUCUUAGUUAACAUGACGGGUAAGACCGGAGGAACUGGCUGGCGGAAGCACGGCACGGAGCAACGACGCAAGGGAUGCCAUUCAUUGCAUGCAACCCAACGUUCUGCAGUCCUUCAUGGUUAGCGACGGGCUGCUUCCCGGUAACCCUGAGCUGGCGGAGGUUUGUGUCCCGCCUAUGGAUUGUGCAUGGGGUCUUCGUCGUGGCCUUGGUCAUCACAGGAGAUUUCUGGGUGAGCCAUGCACGGAUGAUGUCCCUUAGCAGUUGUGUUCGCCUGUAUUAUUAGCAGUAUACCGUCUGCAUAUAGCCGUUGUCGUUAAUGGGCGUGGUGGCUGUUCGGCGUGCGGAUGGUUACUUCGCCGUGCGCUGGGCUCUCUGCGUGCCAAUGGUCCCCUGCAGUGGCGCUCACCUAUGAACCCUAAGUACGUUUUUAAAGAGUUGGUGGCAAGGAAAUUUGUUUGGCUUUAUGGCCGUGGCUGGCUUUUCGGGUUGGGGCUCCAGACGUCCGUUUCCUAUGAGCUUGCGCCCGCGGUGAUUGCCUCGGCGUAGAUAUGCACUGGUCCACCUCCUACUGGUCCACCUCCUCCUUCUUUGAUUGUGAGAACUGCGUCUGCUUUCCGAUGUUGUUGUUUUUGGUCGUAUGUAGCCGUUCCAGGGGGGCGAAGCCCCCCAGGAACACCCCUGUCUGUGCGUUCGAAGAAAAGCGUGCAGGGCCAGGGGAGGGGGGAGGCGGACCAAAAGUCGGCAAAAAGUAUCACACUGGCACAAACCGCGACUGCUCCCUAAGGCAGCCACCUCCUUGUUGGUCGUAUAUGUGUGUGUGCGAUGCCGUGGACCCGCACCGAUGGAGAGGUGUUAGCUGGGAAGACGCCUGAAGACGUUGCGCCCUCGUGCGCGAGGCUGCUGGUGGGCGAUUCAGGGACGGUGGGUUGCUGUGCAUGGGUGCGCAAACAAGUACCCGUUUACCAAGUGCAGUAUGUUCUCACUUCGUGUGUUUAACAAGGAUUGGAUGCGUGUGAAGGUGCCGGUGCGGUAUGGGCGUAUGGCAGUAGUGCCUGUGCUCAGUCCUUCACAUUUCGCCCUUGCCCUCUUGGCAUCCUGAGCGACACGCUUUCACCAGUUCCUGUCCUCCGUCUUCGCCUCCCUCCUCCUCCGCAGCUGAUUCCCAUUGCGACCGGCUGCAAAGAGCGGAGCGGUAUCUGGAGCUAGACGGUUAGAAUUGUGCGUGUGCGAUGGGACAGUGGUAAGGCAGGUUGGUAAAGUCCCGUAGGGUGCAGCUGAUUCCCAGAACCCAACAGAUGGCACACAACCCAACAGGGCAGGAGUGCGCGGCUGGUCGAACGCCGGAGUUACUGUACCGACA